AUGGCGAACGUAGAGGAGCCGACCGCCGGAGAGCGCGGCGCGGCCGACGCCACGGACGAGAGAUGGGUACUCGAGGAACUAAGCAAGCCCGUCACGUUCAUGGACCGCGUACGCUUCCUUAUCGCAACGCGAUUCAACAACCGGCUCAUGCCGGGGCUUCGCUACGUCUCCAUCCGAGGAGGAAGCAUACCACGCAGCUUCGUAUGGAACGGCAUAAAGAACACAAAGUACAACGUGCUGACCUUCCUGCCGUACGUGCUUUUCGAGCAGUUCAAGGUCUUCAUGAACCUCUUCUACCUGCUCAUCAGCCUCUCACAGCUGAUUCCGGACCUGGCAGUAGAAUCGGCGAUCACGUACUUCGGGCCACUGGCCUUGGUGCUAUUCGUAGCGCUGCUCAAGGAGGGAUGCGACGACUACAAGCGCUAUCUGCGUGACAGGGAGGCAAACUCGCAGAAGUACGAAAUACUCACAAACGAAGGGAUCAAGGAAAUAAACGCGGAAAAUAUCACCGUUGGUUCAAUCGUCAAGUUGAGUAAAAACCAGCGCGUACCGGCAGACAUGAUUCUGCUGCGCUCAUCGGAGGCAAACGGCAGCAGCUUCAUCAGAACAGACCAGCUGGACGGCGAGACGGACUGGAAGCUCAAGAAGGCAGUGCACGUCACGCAGCGCCUGCAAUCGGCGGAAGACAUCGUGAAGCUCAAUGCCGUCUGUUGCUGCGAACCGCCGCGACAGGAAAUUUAUUCCUUCUACGGCAAGAUUACAUUCUACCGCGACGGCGAGCUGCUCACCAAAAAUGCGAUUCCGAGUUUAUCCAGGGACCUCAGAAGCGAGGCCAUACGCCAGAGCAUGUCGUCCUCCAAGGACGAACACACCACGGCGGACGACCCGCGCAGCCUCUACAACUCGUUCUCUAUACCGUCCCAGGGCAAUAUGGGUGAGACGCAGGCCGCGGAUGGCGAUUCUGACAUGGACGUUGUCGUGGAGCCCCUGACAGUGGACAACGCGCUCUGGAUGAACACCAUCGUCGCGGCCGGGACGUUGUAUGGCCUGGUGAUAUACAUCGGAAAGGACGUCAGGGCGUCCCUCAAUGCACGACGUGCGCGAUACAAAAUAGGCUGUUUCGACUGGGAGGUCAACCUCAUGACCAAGGUGCUCUUCUUCAUACUGCUGUGCAUGUCUGUUGCAAUGGUGAUACCGGGAGGGUUCGUCGGCAGGUGGUACAUUUCGCUCAUCAAGUUCCUGCUCCUAUUCUCGACCAUCAUACCCAUCUCGUUGCGUAUCAACCUGGAUAUCGCGAAGUUUACCUACUCGAGGGCGAUGGCACUGGACAACGAGAUACCAGGAACGGUCCCGAGGACCACGCUGAUACCCGAGGAGCUGGGGCGGAUCGAAUACCUGUUGUCCGACAAGACCGGUACACUCACGCAGAACGUGAUGAACCUGGACCGCAUACAUAUUGGAAGGGCGCUCUUCCAGCUGGAUGACCUGGACACCAUCCGACAGCUGGUGGACAAGCACUUCAUGGAAUACGUGAGCAGCCAGCCUGAGGUGUCGGAAGCCCUCACAUAUAGUGAGGAGGCUAGCAAAUCGCGCUCGUCGAUGCGGGCGUCAAGGGUUGGGUCCACGCUGGAAUCCGCUGCUUCGGGGCAUGCCACCACCAAUCAGGCCGCAACAGCCAAGGCCGCCAGGAAAUCGGCAAUAUACAUACCGCAUACCAAGGUCUCACAGACUAGCGAGAUGCAGACGAAGCUCUCGUUGGCGAUACUGUCACUGGCGAUAUGCCACUCGGUCACACCCAUCGCCGACAAGGACGACAAGCUGGACUUCCAGGCGUCGUCGCCGGACGAAAUCGCCAUGGUCACAUUCGCGCGCAUGUGCAAUGUGGAGCUGAGGGAGCGUGAUGAGACCAGGAUGGUUCUACGCGUGCGAGGAUGCAUCCUCCUCACGUACAAGAUUUUGAUGGUCUUCCCCUUCAGCUCGGAGACCAAGAGGAUGGGAAUCAUAGUCGAGGACGAAGAAACCAAAAUGAAGUUCUUUUUCUGCAAGGGCGCGGAAUCGGCGCUCAUAAAGCUCCUGCAGCCGCGUGGUUCCGUAUGGCUGAGCGAGGAGUGCGACAACAUGGCUCGCCUUGGGCUGCGCACGCUCGUAUUCGGUUAUCGACAUCUGUCCGACGCGGAAUUCUCGGCAUUCGAGUCGCGCUAUCGCCACGCGCAGCUCAGCUUGAACGACAGGGAGGAGAUGAUUAAGCGGGUCAUCGCAACGAUCGAGCGUGACCUCAUCCUGGUCGCGCUCAGCGGAGUUCAGGACAACCUGCAGCCCCAUGUGAGGAGCACGCUGGAGGCACUGCGGGACGCAGGCAUCAAGAUAUGGAUGUUGACGGGUGACAAGGUGGACACGGCCAAAUGCAUCGCAAUAUCCGCAGGCAUCAAGGACAAGAGCCACUCGCUCUGCCAGAUCACCUCGGAGAACACCAAGGACAAAGACGACAUCAAGCAGAAGCUCGAAAACUUCUCCAUGGGGCCGACGUCAACCAUGUUGGUGGUGGAUGGCACGGUAGUCGCCACCAGCAUAAAGGAGUUCUCAAAGUUUUUCAUCAUGGUCGCAACCAUGGCGCCAGCGGUGCUCUGCUGCCGCUGCACCCCAUUCAUCAAGGCGGAGCUCGUGCGGCUCAUCAAGCAGUACACCGGAAAGCGCACAUGCGCAAUCGGAGACGGAGACAACGACGUGCCCAUGAUCACGGAGGCGGACGUCGGAAUCGGCAUCGUGGGCAAGGAGGGGCUGCAGGCGAGCCUCUCGGCGGACUACUCAAUCCACCGCUUCCACUACAUAAAGCGGAUCAUACUGUGGCACGGACGCAACAGCUACAAGAGCUCGGCCUCGCUCACGCACUUCAUCAUACACAGGGGAAUGAUUAUCGCAGUCAUGCAGGCGCUAUUCUCGGCCAUGUACUUCUACAUGCCACUGGCGUUCUUCCAGGGGUGGCUCCAGAUCGGCUUCUCCACAUACUACACCAUGCUGCCGCUCUACAGUUUGGUGCUCGACUACGAAAUCGAGGAGUCGGUGGUGUUCCUCUUCCCCGAGCUCUACCAGACGCUGCACACGGGGCGCGUGAUGUCGGUGAAGACGUUCCUCAUUUGGGUCUGGAUCUCGGUUUUCCAGGGCGCGAUCCUCAUGCUGGGCGCAAUCAUCCUAUUCGAAAACUCGAUGCUGAGCCUCGUGUCGGUCGCAUGCACCUCGCUGUUCGCGCUGGAGCUGCUAAACAUAUACGCAGAGCUGCACACGUGCCACCCGCUCACGAUGGUCAGCAUGAUAUGCACCGCUGUAGUAUACUUCUACUCCAUUCUCAUCCUGCGCAACUACUUCGACUUCGCAUUCAUCGCAACCACGGCCUUCGUGUGGAGGGUCAUCGUCAUCACGCUCACGGGAUGGUUGCCCAUCUACGUGUUCAAGUGCGUGCAGCAGCUGCUGCAGCCGCCGCAGUCCCGCAAGCUAACUGUUUGA